AAAGAAAAAAGGAACAACAGUGAGGCUGAAGCUCUGAAAGUCUGAAACAAAUCACCAAGGAAGAGAAAGGGAGUGGUCAACGAGGGAAGGCCACUCAAGUUGCCAAACCCUAAUAACCUUUCAUCUUCUUCAAAAGUUUUUUUCGAUCGAUCGAGAAUUGAGCAAAAUCAAUCGAGAAAAUGACCAACCAAUCGGUGCCUCUCCCGCCGCAAUCCCGUCGGAAUUCUCAUAGAAGAGGCCUUUCUGCCCCCGACAAGUCUCACACCUCCGACAAUGCCAUGCCCACUUCUCCCUCUUCCAUCAAUGGCGAGAGGGCGGUGAAGAAACUGAGGUUGUCCAAAGCCCUCACCAUCCCUGAAGGAACCACUGUGUUCGAGGCUUGUAGGCGAAUGUCAGCUCGUCGUAUGGAUGCCGUGUUGCUCACAGAUGCCAAUGGCUUACUCUCUGGGAUCGUUACUGACAAGGACAUUGCCACUAGAGUAAUAGCAGAAGGGUUGAGGCCGGAGCAAACAGUAGUAUCUAAGAUCAUGACACGUAGUCCAAUUUUUGUUAAUUCGGACUCUUUGGCCAUCGAUGCACUUCAGAAGAUGGUUCAAGGAAAAUUCAGGCAUCUCCCUGUUGUGGAAAAUGGUGAAGUGAUUGCCAUGUUGGAUAUUGCAAAAUGCCUUUUUGAUGCCAUCUCUAGAAUGGAGAAGGCUGCUGAGCAAGGAAGUGCAAUUGCUGCUGCAGUGGUGGGAGUUGAACGCCAGUGGGGAAGCAAUGCACCGUAUGCCUUCAUAGAAACUUUGAGGGAGCGGAUGUUCAAGCCGUCAUUGUCAACAAUAAUUGCUGAAAAUUCAAAGGUUGCAAUUGUUUUAUCAUCGGAUCCUGUCUGUGUUGCUGCAAAAAAGAUGCGAGAGCUGCGAGUUAGUUCAGUUGUUAUAGUGACAGGGAACAAAAUUCAGGGGAUACUAACUUCAAGGGACAUCCUUAUGCGAGUUGUAGCACAAAAUCUCUCCCCUGAGCUAACUUUGGUGGAAAAGGUUAUGACACCAAACCCUGAAUGUGCGAGAGUGGAAACAUCAAUCCUUGACGCACUUCAUAUAAUGCAUGAUGGGAAGUUUUUACAUCUUCCUGUUCUAGAGAAAGAUGGAACUGUUGUUGCUUGUCUAGAUGUUCUGCAUAUCACUCAUGCAGCAAUUUCUAUGGUUGAAAGUAGCCCUGGAGCUGUUAAUGGCAUGGCAAGCACAUUGAUGCAAAAAUUCUGGGAUUCCGCCCUUUCUUUGCAGCCACCAGAUGAUUAUGACACACAGAGCGAAAUAUCGGCAAUCAUGACAUCGGAGGGGGCAGAUGCUGGAAAGCUAUCAUCCUAUCCUUCCCUAGGCCUUGGAAACUCAUUUUAUUUCAAAUUUGAGGAUCCUAAGGGUCGUGUACAUCGAUUCAGUUUUGGUUAUGAGAAUUUAGACGAGCUUUUAUCAGCUAUAACACAAAGAAUUCGUUCCCAUAAUGAUCAUAGUCAUCCUCAGCUCUUGUAUGAAGAUGAUGAAGGUGAUAAGGUUUUACUCACCACCGAUGGUGAUCUUAUUGCUGCCGUUAACCAUACGAGAUCACGGGGGCUAAAGGUUUUACGAUUGUAUCUGGAUUUUUCUGAUUCCGCUCAACAGACAAUGUCAGAAUCAACUGUGGCCGCCCAGGGAACUGGAGGGGUCGGUUUUCACACAGGUCUAUUGGCGGGUGCCAUUGUCUUAACCAGCAUCGGCAUGCUUCUGUACUUAAAGCGUACAAAACCAUGAGGUUGUGCUGGUUUAUAACUAGGGAAGGAAACAUUGGAGUUUUCAGAGUAAUUAUCCUUGAAUCACCGAUUAAGUGGAAGGGUGCUUUUUGUUGGACAAGAAGAAGGUUGACCCGAGAAAUGGCUGGGCAGUCGUAACAGGUUUGAUACUUGAACUAAUUUUGAUACAUUAUGAUAUAGAAUUCAGUUUUGUUCCUCAGAAAUGUC